UGAACGCAACACCAGACCAAAGCAGUUGCUCGUCGAGGUUUGUUGCCAAAGGACGGACGCCUGCUAACUAAAGUCAUGGCGUUGCUCAAACAAACUUGCUGCGUCGCCGGACGUUUCUCCACAAACCACCGGUGGCUGGGUCCCAGAUGUAUCCCACAUGUUUACACCAGCACUUUGACAACUGUGGCCAGAUCCUCCCCAGACCGGACCGACGGCAAGAAGAAGGAGCCUCUGAGCGACGACGGGCCUGAUCUGCAGGACUUUAUAUCCGGAGACCUGUCGGACAGAAGCAAGUGGGAAGAAUACAGAGGCACCCUGAAGAGACAGAAGGGAGAGAGGCUCCGGCUCCCUCCGUGGCUCAAGACGGAGAUCCCCAUUGGAAAGAAUUUCAACAAGCUGAAGAACACGCUGAGAGACCUCAACCUGCACACAGUGUGUGAGGAGGCCAGGUGUCCGAACAUUGGGGAAUGCUGGGGAGGAGGAGAGUACGCCACGGCCACAGCCACCAUCAUGUUAAUGGGAGACACAUGCACCCGUGGAUGCCGGUUCUGCUCAGUGAAGACGGCCCGUCGACCUCCGCCCCUGGACCCAGACGAGCCCUACAACACGGCCAAGGCCAUCGCCGCCUGGGGACUGGACUACGUGGUUCUCACCUCAGUCGACAGAGAUGAUAUUGCUGAUGGUGGGGCAGAGCACUUUGCUCAGACUGUUUCUAACCUGAAGGAAAGAAAUGCUCGGAUCCUGGUCGAAUGUCUGACCCCUGAUUUCCGCGGAGACCUGGCAGCAGUGGAGAAGAUCGCUCUGUCAGGGUUAGAUGUGUACGCCCACAACGUGGAGACCGUGCGUGAGUUGCAAAGACACGUACGUGACCCCAGAGCGAACUUUGACCAGUCUCUGAGCGUCCUGAAACACGCCAAAAAAGUCAAACCCAAUGUGCUCACCAAGACCUCCAUCAUGCUGGGACUAGGGGAGACUGACCAACAGAUACGCGACACGCUGACAGAGCUGCGAGAGGCAGAGGUCGACUGUCUAACACUCGGGCAGUACAUGCAGCCCACCAAACGCCACCUCAAGGUGGAUGAAUACGUCACUCCAGAGAAGUUUGCCCACUGGGAGAAAGUUGGGAAUGAAAUGGGCUUUGUCUACACAGCCAGCGGACCACUGGUGCGAUCCUCCUACAAAGCAGGCGAGUUCUUCCUGAAGAAUCUACUGGAGAAGAGAAAAGCAGAGAUCAUUGCAGCAGAAUGAAAAGCACCAGCAGCUCCUACAGUUUGGUCCUGCACAUCACUGUACCUCGUCCCGACCUUUAACUACACACCAUUACAAAAUCAGCUUUACUACUCUUUACUACCGUUGUUCGAAAUCAGAGUACAGGGUUACACGUUUAUCUUGAUGACUGCUACCAGGUGGCAUUAGAUAAGGCUACAGAAGUGACGUUGACAAGACUUGUGUAAGUACAGGGAUAAUUCUGUUGCUUCUGAUUCUGUUCACUGCACUUCACCGUCCACCUGGGACAACACAAGGGUCCUCGGUUCAUUUGUAGGAGGACAUCAAAGAGCAGUAAGAGGCCUGCAGACAUGUAGAUAACCAGGGUGCAGACUCUGCCCAAGUUACCCUGACAGGAGAAAGUACAACCCGCUGUGAGCGGUAGCUGUAAUUUGCCAUGUCUGCAUGUCAAGGGCCCCAUAAUCACAUUCAUCGUCCACUCCCUCCCCUCAGGGGCCCUGGACCUCAGGUGGAGAGCUACUGACCUUUGACACACAAGCUCUGUUUACGAGCACUUUGAUGUCAGGAUGUUCAGGAGCAAGGGUUUUUUUUUUUCUGAGAGGUUUAGCAGAGGUAAAACUGAAAAAUGACGUUGAUACAAAUCUCUGCCUACUGAGGAUUCCCUUUAAAUGUUCUAUUUUAUUACAUUAGAAGGACAACUUGAGCCAAAAUGGUUGGUCAGGUCCAUAGAUAUGGUAUAAAACGAGGUACUUCUGUAACCUCUGUAUUUAAAGAAGAGCUGAUUUAUGCUUAAACUGCUUUCCUUAAUGUAAUACAUUUUUAACUUCAAAAUUUCAAGAUGUGUUUGUUUAUUUCGCACACAGACUUGUUUAGAUUAAAUAAAUAAUUACAACUCA